CGGUGCCCCCGUGCGCGCGCCGCUGAGCCCGGGGAUUGGCUCGCGCCCCCCAUUCAGGAGCUCGUGCAACCUGGCGGCUGUGCCGCCCGCCGCUAGGUUGGCUUCAGAAAGCAGCUGCCGCCGAGCUGCUUGGGUGGCGGAGCUUACAGGCGGGCAGCUUCGCUCGGCAAUUCCCUGCCGUCGGAAGGGGUAGGGGCUGGGCGACAGGAGGGGUCGUAGCGCUCGGGAUUUCACACCUUUUCGCCUCGGGAAGGGGCCUUCUCUUCCUCUUGCUGUCAGUGAAGGAAUCUGUUCAGCCGCUGCUGGCUAAGUUACCACACGGACAUGGUCUGAGGGGCUUCGGCUGCUCAACCUGCUGCUGCUGCUGUUGCCGCCACUACUGCCAUAUCUGUUGACCAACAGCGACAACAGGGCAUUGUUACUUUCUGCUUCUGAGUGCUCCACCAUGACCUAACCAAGCGACACCCAGUUUAAACCAGAGUUCAGCUCUGAAAAAGAGCACAAUUUGUCAGUGGUUUUUGGUGGGGGAAUCUGCCAGCUGCCCCACUCUGUAUGUUGGACCAGCUUGUCAGGAAACCCUUUAACUCAUUUCCUUGCAGCAUCAGAGCUGGAGGUGCUGUGGUGAAUGGAUCUCAAGCCGUUGCUGAACUGGUGGUAAAGUCACCAGUUUGAUUCUUUAAGCUGCGCUUUCCUGGGGAAAGUUAAUUUUCUCUGACACAAAAUUAUGGACAUAAAAGACCGAAGGCACCGCUCUCUGACAAGAGGCCGUUGUGGGAAGGAAUGCCGUUAUACCAGUUCUUCUCUGGACAGUGAGGACUGCAGAGUGCCUACUCAGAAGUCUUAUAGUUCCAGUGAGACACUGAAAGCUUAUGAUCAUGACACCAGAAUGCAUUAUGGGAAUCGAGUUACUGACCUAGUUCACCGAGAGUCUGAUGAGUUUCCAAGACAAGGAACUAACUUCACCCUUGCUGAACUAGGAAUUUGUGAGCCCUCUCCCCAUCGAAGUGACUACUGCUCAGACAUAGGAAUACUUCAUCAAGGUUAUUCGCUCAGCACUGGGUCUGAUGCUGACUCAGACACAGAGGGAGGAAUGUCUCCAGAGCACGCCAUACGACUGUGGGGUAGAGGGAUUAAAUCCAGGCGCAGUUCCGGUCUGUCAAGUCGUGAAAAUUCUGCACUCACCUUGACUGAUUCUGACAAUGAAAAUAAAUCAGAUGAGGAAAACGAUUUUCAUACGCAACUUUCUGAGACAUUGAAAGACAGACAGACUGGCUGGCAGCAGCUGGCUGAAACAAAGAACUCUCUAAUACGUCGUCCCAUUCCACCUACAUCCUCGUCUAGCCUUCUUCCAUCCGCUCAACUGCCCAGUUCCCAUAAUCCACCACCUGUUAGCUGCCAGAUGCCCUUGCUAGACAGCAAUACUUCCCAUCAAAUCAUGGAUACCAACCCUGAUGAGGAGUUCUCCCCAAAUUCAUACCUGCUAAGAGCAUGUUCAGGCCCACAGCAGACUACCAGCAGUGGCCCUUCAAAUCAUCACAGCCAGUCAACUCUGAGACCACCCCUCCCUCCACCUCACAAUCAUACUCUGUCCCAUCAUCACUCCUCUGCCAACUCCCUCAACAGGAACUCCCUCACAAAUCGGCGGAACCAGAUCCACGCACCAGCUCCUGCACCGAAUGACUUGGCAACUACUCCUGAAUCUGUACAGUUACAAGACAGCUGGGUGCUUAAUAGCAAUGUGCCUCUUGAAACCAGGCAUUUCUUAUUCAAGACAUCUUCUGGAACAACUCCUCUGUUCAGUAGUUCUUCCCCUGGAUAUCCCUUGACCUCAGGAACUGUUUACACACCACCUCCCAGAUUGUUACCUAGAAAUACUUUCUCCAGAAAUGCAUUCAAGCUGAAAAAGCCCUCCAAGUAUUGUAGCUGGAAAUGUGCUGCUUUAUCAGCUAUCGCUGCAGCAAUCUUGCUUGCCAUCCUGCUGGCCUAUUUCAUAGCAAUGCAUAUGCUUGGGCUAAACUGGCAGUUACAACCAGCAGAUGGACACACCUUCAACAAUGGGAUAAGGACUGGCUUGCCAGGCUCUGAUGAUGUAGCAACAAUGCCAUCUGGAGGUAAAGGACCUUGGGCAAUCAGAAACAACAGCAUAGAUAGUGGAGAGGCAGAGGUUGGACGGAGGGUCACGCAGGAAGUACCACAAGGAGUAUUCUGGCGGUCACAAAUCCAUAUCACGCAACCACAAUUUCUGAAAUUCAAUAUUUCCUUAGGGAAGGAUGCUCUUUUUGCAGUCUAUAUAAGAAAAGGACUUCCACCUUCACAUGUCCAGUAUGAUUUUAUGGAACGUUUGGAUGGGAAAGAGAAAUGGAGUGUGGUGGAGUCUCCACGGGAGCGUCGAAGUAUCCAGACCCUUGUACAGAAUGAAGCUGUGUUUGUUCAGUAUUUGGAUGUGGGGCUGUGGCACCUUGCCUUUUAUAAUGAUGGCAAAGAUAAAGAGGUGGUAUCCUUCAACUCUGUUGUCUUGGAUUCUGUGCAGGACUGCCCACGCAAUUGUCAUGGGAAUGGUGAAUGUGUGUCUGGAAUCUGUCACUGUUUUCCUGGCUACCAUGGAGCUGAUUGUGCUAAGGCUGCUUGCCCAGUUCUAUGCAGUGGCAAUGGACAAUACACCAAAGGAGCCUGUUUGUGCUACAGUGGCUGGAAAGGGCCGGAGUGUGAUGUACCCAUCAGCCAGUGUAUUGAUCCGUCAUGUGGGGGCCAUGGUUCUUGCAUUGAAGGGAACUGUGUCUGCUCUGUUGGCUACAAAGGUGAAAACUGUGAGGAAGUUGAUUGCUUGGAUCCCUCCUGCUCCAACCAUGGUGUCUGUGUUAAUGGAGAAUGUCUCUGCAGCCCAGGCUGGGGAGGUUUAAACUGUGAACUUCCACGUGCCCAGUGUCCAGACCAGUGCAGUGGGCAUGGCACAUACCUUUCUGAUACAGGUCUCUGUAGCUGUGAUCCCAACUGGAUGGGUCCUGACUGCUCCGUUGAAGUGUGCUCUGUAGACUGUGGCACCCAUGGUGUCUGCAUUGGCGGAGCAUGUCGCUGUGAAGAGGGCUGGACAGGGGUAGCUUGUGACCAGCGUGUUUGCCAUCCCCGCUGCACAGAGCAUGGAACCUGUAAAGAUGGGAAAUGUGAAUGCCGAGAGGGCUGGAAUGGGGAGCACUGCACCAUUGAUGGCUGCCCUGAUUUGUGCAAUGGCAAUGGGAGAUGCACACUCGGUCAGAACAGCUGGCAGUGUGUCUGCCAGACCGGCUGGAGAGGGCCUGGAUGCAAUGUUGCUAUGGAAACCUCCUGUGCUGAUAACAAGGAUAAUGAGGGAGAUGGUCUCGUUGACUGCUUGGAUCCAGACUGCUGCCUCCAAUCAACAUGUCAGAAUAGCUUGCUCUGCCGUGGCUCACGUGACCCUUUAGAUAUCAUUCAGCAAAGUCACCCUGGUUCACCAGCUGUAAAGUCAUUCUAUGAUCGCAUCAAACCCUUAGUUGGGAAAGACAGCACUCAUAUAAUACCAGGAGAAAACCCCUUCAACAGCAGUCAAAUAUUGGUUCUUCAUGAAGAAAUUGAAAUCCCAGGCUCCAACAUAAAACUCUGCUAUCUGAGUUCCCGUACUGCUGGAUACAGAUCAUUGCUGAAGAUCACCAUGACACAGUCACUUGUGCCUCUGAACUUAAUUAAAGUUCAUCUAAUGGUAGCCGUAGAAGGACAUCUCUUUCAAAAGUCAUUCCAAGCAUCCCCCAACUUAGCCUAUACAUUUAUUUGGGACAAAACUGAUGCCUACGGGCAGAAGGUUUAUGGGCUCUCAGAUGCCGUAGUGUCUGUGGGCUAUGAGUACGAGACCUGUCCCAGCUUAAUUUUAUGGGAGAAAAGGACUGCUCUAUUGCAAGGAUUUGAACUUGACCCCUCAAAUCUAGGGGGCUGGUCUUUAGAUAAGCAUCAUGUGCUUAACAUAAAAAGUGGUAUUUUGCACAAAGGAAGUGGAGAGAAUCAGUUUCUUACUCAACAACCAGCUGUGAUCAUCAGCAUCAUGGGUAAUGGUCGAAGGAGGAGUAUCUCUUGCCCAAGCUGCAAUGGGCUUGCAGAAGGAAACAAACUUCUAGCCCCCGUGGCACUUGCUGUGGGAAUUGACGGAAGCCUCUUUGUUGGAGAUUUUAAUUACAUUCGACGCAUCUUUCCUUCCAGGAAUGUUACCAGCAUUUUAGAAUUAAGAAAUAAAGAGUUUAAACAUAGCAACAACCCUGCCCACAAAUACUACUUAGCUGUGGAUCCUGUUUCGGGCUCGCUGUAUGUAUCAGACACCAACAGUCGCCGUAUUUACAAAGUCCGAUCCCUUACUGGUGCCAAAGACUUAGCUGGCAACUCUGAAGUGGUGGCAGGGACAGGAGAGCAGUGCUUGCCUUUUGAUGAAGCCAGAUGUGGAGAUGGAGGAAAAGCCGUGGAUGCGACUCUGAUGAGCCCACGAGGAAUUGCAGUAGAUAAAUAUGGCCUUAUGUAUUUUGUUGAUGCCACAAUGAUCCGGAAAGUUGAUCAGAAUGGAAUCAUAUCAACUCUGCUGGGCUCCAAUGACCUAACUGCUGUUCGGCCGCUAAGCUGUGAUUCCAGCAUGGAUGUCACCCAGGUGCGUCUGGAAUGGCCAACUGAUCUUGCUGUCAACCCAAUGGAUAACUCUCUGUAUGUACUGGAGAACAAUGUCAUUUUACGGAUCACCGAGAACCAUCAGGUUAGCAUCAUCGCUGGCCGGCCAAUGCACUGUCAGGUUCCCGGUAUAGACUACUCCCUCAGCAAACUGGCCAUUCACUCUGCACUGGAAUCAGCCAGUGCUAUUGCCAUCUCACACACUGGAAUUCUUUACAUCAGUGAGACAGAUGAGAAAAAAAUUAACCGGCUUCGCCAGGUCACCACUAAUGGGGAGAUUUGCCUAUUGGCUGGAGCAGCUUCGGACUGCGACUGCAAAAAUGAUGUCAACUGUAAUUGCUAUGCUGGUGACGAUGCCUAUGCCACCGACGCCAUCUUAAAUACCCCAUCAUCCUUAGCUGUGGCACCUGAUGGCACUAUUUACAUAGCAGAUCUUGGAAAUAUACGUAUCAGGGCUGUCAGCAAAAACAGGCCAAUCCUUAACUCUUUCAACCAGUAUGAAAUUGCAUCUCCGGGAGAGCAGGAACUUUAUGUCUUCAACACUGAUGGCAUCCACCAGUAUACCCUAAGCCUUGUAACGGGAGAAUAUCUAUAUAAUUUCACCUAUAGUGCUGAUAAUGAUGUGACUGACGUGAUUGAUAACAAUGGCAACUCUCUAAAAAUUCGGCGGGAUACAAAUGGAGCACCACGUCAUUUUCUAAUGCCUGACAAUCAAAUUGUGACUCUGACUGUUGGCACAAAUGGUGGUCUUAAGGUAGUGUCAACCCAGACCUUGGAACUUGGAUUAAUGACUUACCAUGGGAACAGUGGUCUCUUGGCAACAAAAAGUGAUGAGAUCGGAUGGACGACAUUUUAUGACUAUGACCAUGAAGGACGUCUGACCAAUGUAACGCGCCCCACGGGUGUAGUAACCAGCCUUCAUCGAGAAAUGGAAAAGUCUAUUACCAUAGAUAUUGAAAACUCCAACCGGGAUGAUGAUGUCACAGUAAUUACCAACCUCUCCUCUGUGGAGGCAUCUUAUACAGUAGUUCAAGAUCAAGUGAGGAACAGCUAUCAGCUCUGUAAUAAUGGUACUUUGAGGGUGAUGUAUGCCAAUGGAAUGAGUAUAAGCUUUCAUAGUGAACCACACGUCCUUGCUGGUUCUGUAACCCCUACAAUAGGGCGAUGUAACAUUUCCCUGCCGAUGGAGAAUGGCUUAAAUUCAAUAGAGUGGCGCCUGAGAAAGGAACAGAUUAAAGGAAAAGUGACUGUGUUUGGCAGAAAGCUUAGGGUCCAUGGAAGGAACUUGCUAUCCAUCGAUUAUGACCGAAACAUUCGCACAGAAAAAAUAUACGAUGAUCACCGGAAAUUUACCCUCCGUAUUAUUUAUGAUCAGCUUGGGCGCCCUUUUCUCUGGCUACCCAGCAGUGGACUUGCUGCUGUGAAUGUGUCUUAUUUCUCCAAUGGGAGACUGGCUGGACUUCAACGGGGUGCUAUGAGUGAAAGAACAGAUAUCGAUAAACAAGGCAGGAUUGUUUCCCGUAUGUUUGCAGAUGGAAAAGUAUGGAGUUACACAUACCUGGAAAAAUCCAUGGUUCUGCUCCUUCAGAGUCAGCGGCAAUACAUCUUUGAAUAUGACACUUCAGACCGACUACAUGCUGUCACUAUGCCUAGCAUUGCACGGCACACUAUGUCUACUCAUACCUCCAUUGGCUACAUCCGAAAUAUUUAUAACCCUCCUGAGAGUAAUGCCUCAGUGAUUUUUGAUUAUAGUGAUGAUGGAAGAAUUUUGAAAACAUCUUUUCUAGGAACUGGUCGACAGGUUUUCUACAAAUAUGGGAAAUUAUCCAAGUUGUCUGAGAUUGUGUAUGACAGCACAGCAGUGACUUUUGGAUAUGAUGAAACCACUGGAGUUCUCAAGAUGGUGAAUCUACAGAGUGGUGGAUUUUCUUGUACUAUUCGCUACCGUAAAAUUGGACCUCUGGUUGACAAACAGAUUUAUAGGUUCUCUGAGGAAGGUAUGGUCAAUGCGAGAUUUGAUUAUACCUAUCAUGACAAUAGCUUUCGGAUUGCUAGCAUCAAGCCUAUCAUAAGUGAGAUACCUCUUCCAGUUGACCUUUAUCGCUAUGAUGAAAUCUCAGGCAAGGUAGAACACUUUGGAAAAUUUGGAGUAAUCUACUAUGAUAUAAAUCAAAUAAUUACCACUGCAGUGAUGACACUGAGCAAACACUUUGAUACACAUGGACGUAUCAAGGAAGUUCAGUAUGAAAUGUUUCGAUCGCUCAUGUAUUGGAUGACAGUGCAAUAUGACAGUAUGGGAAGGGUGACAAAGAGAGAAUUAAAACUUGGGCCUUAUGCCAAUACAACUAAAUACACAUAUGAUUAUGAUGGAGAUGGGCAGCUUCAGAGUGUGGCAGUCAAUGACAGACCUACCUGGCGUUACAGUUAUGAUCUAAAUGGGAAUUUACAUCUUUUGAAUCCUGGAAAUAGUGUCCGAUUGAUGCCACUGCGCUAUGAUCUAAGAGACAGGAUUACACGGUUGGGUGACAUGCAAUACAAAAUCGAUGAUGAUGGCUUUCUUUGUCAAAGAGGUUCUGAUAUAUUUGAUUAUAACUCCAAAGGCCUCUUAACAAGAGCUUACAACAAAGCAAAUGGUUGGAGUAUUCAGUAUCGUUAUGAUGGAGUAGGAAGACGAGCAUCUUACAAAACUAAUUUGGGGCACCACCUUCAAUACUUUUAUGCUGAUCUUCACAACCCUACAAGAAUAACACAUGUAUACAACCAUUCAAAUUCAGAAAUAACUUCAUUGUACUACGAUCUUCAAGGUCACCUUUUUGCUAUGGAAAGCAGCAGUGGGGAAGAAUAUUAUGUUGCCUCUGAUAAUACAGGUACACCACUGGCAGUAUUCAGUAUAAAUGGCCUCAUGAUCAAGCAACUGCAAUAUACUGCAUAUGGGGAGAUAUAUUAUGAUUCCAACCCUGACUUCCAAAUAGUGAUUGGAUUUCACGGAGGACUGUAUGACCCCUUAACAAAACUAGUCCACUUCACUCAGAGAGAUUAUGAUGUUUUGGCUGGGCGUUGGACAUCCCCAGACUAUACAAUGUGGAAAAAUAUUGGCAAGGAGCCAGCUCCAUUCAACUUGUAUAUGUUCAAGAGCAACAAUCCUCUCAGCAAUGAACUGGAUUUGAAGAACUAUGUGACAGAUGUGAAGAGCUGGUUAGUGAUGUUUGGCUUUCAGCUCAGCAACAUUAUACCUGGUUUCCCAAGAGCAAGAAUGUACUUUGUGCCACCUCCUUAUGAGCUGUCAGAGUCUCAGGCAUGUGAAAAUGGACAGCUAAUUACUGGAGUUCAGCAGACGACAGAAAGACACAACCAAGCUUUCAUGGCCCUUGAGGGACAAGUCAUAUCUAAAAGACUACAUGCCAAUAUUAGAGAGAAAGCAGGUCACUGGUUUGCAACUGCCACUCCAAUUAUUGGCAAGGGCAUCAUGUUCGCUGUGAAGGAAGGCAAAGUGACAACGGGUGUUGCAAGUGUCACAACAGAAGACAGCCGAAAAAUUGCCUCAGUACUUAACAAUGCCUACUACCUGGAAAAGAUGCACUAUAGUAUUGAGGGGAAGGACACCCAUUAUUUUGUCAAGAUUGGGUCAUCUGAUGGCGAUCUUGUUACCUUAGCAAUGACCAGUGGGCGUAAGGUGCUAGACAGUGGAGUGAAUGUCACGGUGUCCCAGCCAACUCUCCUCAUCAAUGGAAGGACUCGAAGGUUCACAAAUAUUGAAUUCCAGUAUUCCACCUUGCUGAUGAACAUACGUUAUGGCCUGACGCCUGACACAUUGGACGAAGAAAAAGCAAGAGUGCUGGAUCAAGCUCGGCAACGGGCCUUGGGGUCAGCCUGGCUCAAAGAGCAACAGAAGGCACGGGAUGGCAAAGAGGGCAGCCGUCUAUGGACUGAAGGCGAGAAACAGCAGCUUUUGAGCACGGGGAGGGUUCAAGGCUACGAAGGAUACUAUGUGCUCCCAGUGGAGCAGUACCCAGAGCUGGCAGACAGUAGCAGCAACAUCCAGUUCUUAAGACAGAAUGAAAUGGGAAAGAGGUAACAAAUUAAUCUGCUGUCAUCCUUGCCUGGAUGAAUCAGUAGUUACAACUGUUAUCUCCUCUCCUAAGGAGAUGAAGACCAACGGGGGCACUGGGCUGAGCUACUUCGGGUUAGUAAGUGGCAACAAAGCUCACAUUUUUUGAGUGAAAUGCUGCUGUCCAAGUGAUUAAAAACCACUUCCUGAAGUGACUAGAGCCAGACUGAAAACUUUAAACCGUACAAAUUCAGAAGUACCCCAUAAAUAUUACCCACUUGUUCUGGGUCUAAAGAAAAAAAAAUUCAAAACAAAAAUAUUGAAAAGGAAGGCCUCAUCUUAUAUUACCUCACUCCAUUUACACGUGAGCAAACUUUCAAGAAAUCCAAGAGGGCAACCCACCUCCUAAAUUAGACCAGCUGAGGGGGCUGCUUAUUUGAUAAGCAUUUUAGAGGUUUUUCAUUUAAAAGCAAAAUACAGGUGCAUUGAAUACAUGACUUUUGGGGUGAUUUGUGUGCAGCAACUGGAAGAAAUGAGGAGAACGGGAGCAACAGAGCACUGGAAAUAGUAACAAAUAUAUAUUAAAGAAUAUAAACCUGCACUUGCACUCCGACCCUGCUUUUGUCUGACCUAAAGUUAAUUUAUUCAAAGAGGGCAGAGUGUAAAGUUCAAUUCAAAAUGGUGGCUAUAAAUCACUACUGAUAAAUUUCAUACUCUGUUUGUCUUUGAAGAUUCCAUUGUGGACAGUAUAACACAGUUACAGGGUGUAGUCUGUUUAGAUUCAGUAGUUUGUUGGUAUCAGUUCUAGUAGAGCUGUGGGCAUUGUGUUAACACUAUUGCAAAUGGGCACCAAUUCAGAUCACCCUGUACAUACAUCAGCCAGAAGGCACAAUCACUGUUUCAGAUUUUAAAAAAAAAUUAGUGUGUUUGUUUGGUCAAGAAACUGAGACAAUCACAUUAUGGUCACCAAGACAAAAAAAUAAAAAUAAAAAUCAAGUCUAAUAAGAACUUUGGUACAGAACUUUUUUGUAAUAUACAUGUAUGAAUUGUUCAUUGAGUUUUUAUAUUAAUUUUAAUUUGCUGCUAAGCAAAGAAUAGAGACAGGCAAAGAUAAUUUAUGGCAAAGUGUUUAAAUUGUUUAUACAUAAAUAAAAUCUCUAAAACCCCUGUGAA